ACUACAUCCAACUCAGCCUCAUCAAAAUCGAUCUUAACAACCAUUACCCUUCCCUUCUCGAUUGUUGUCGUUGUAGAGUGUGACUCAAGUUCAUUAGCCUUUACAACUCAGUCUGUCUGUUUUUCCAUAGCACCAACUAUUUUACUAGAAUCACUACCUCAGAAAAUGUUUGUCAGCCCAAGUAACUCUAUCGUCUUCUUCACCUUCAUUUCUACCUAUGUCUUAGGACGGGCUGUGCCACAAAGCGGAUCAUCCUUUCAAGAGUCACACGACCUCCGGAGAAUUAUAGCCGACUAUUCCGCCGAGGUAACUGCGCAGGAGGAGAUGAUUAAGGGUGUUUGGAACCAGCUGAAUGCUCCAGAUACUCAAUCUGAAGAAAACGUUUCGACCCUUUGCAGCGAACUGAUAGAAUCCUACUAUCGUCAAAUGGAGCCGCGCAACCGCAUGAUUGAGCUCGUGCCAACCGACAAUGUUUUGGAUGCCAACUCUCUUGAAUACCUUGUUGCUGUAGCUUCUCGUUACGCCAACAAUGUGAUGCACCUUGCACGACAGAUCAGACAAGAUCCUCUCGAUCAAGAGAGUUCUGCUUCAGCUCUAAACUUCCUGGCGAAGGAACACCAAAAAGCCCAUAUGUUCGAUCAAGUCCUCUUGGGUUUGGCGGACGUUGCUCAGGGUCCGGAAGCAAGCAGAAAUGUGGAAGAAAUCUCCACUGAAAGCAACAACCAGUCCAUUUUUGAAGACAAUGAAGUGGCCUCAACAGAAGGGUUUUCCCUCGCCCAAGUUGAAGCCUUAGAAAAUAGCAAUGCUUCCGGCAUUUCUGUCACAAUUGAAGAAGAAAAGACAACAACUACUGAGACAGUUGUGACCUCCUACAAGGAGACUCUUACGUAUUGAAUGGUGAAAUACCAAUCUUUGAUACGUUUUUUUGCAUUCUCAUGCAUAUAUGGCAAACAUAAAACUUGCAUAGUCUUGCUUAUUCCCUUUCUCCCAGUGUUAUCUCUUAAAAAUUUUGUCUCAACAACUGUACAGUUAUCCUUUACCAAAUUUGUGAACACACGUACAUUCUUGCUCGUCUAUACAGAACUGUAGAUCAUAUGUUUAUCACAUACAAUGGUUACGUAUAUCAGCAGAAAUGCUGAAUUGUAUCUAGUAUUAUCUAGAUAGCAUCACUCUGUCAGUCUUGUUUUGUAUAAAGAACUUGUGCAUUUGGGAUUUCCUGUUGUUCAGUGUGGUCUUCAGAAAAUGUUUUGUUUGAAUAGAUUAGAAAAAAAUUGAAACCCUCAUUUGAAAAACAAAA